AUGGGGGCGCAUGCCGCGGAUGCCCCGCGGUUAAUGCAGGAAGCUCUAUGCAACGGCGGAACACCUCGCGGGAUCCUGCUAGGCUGGCGGCGCGCCUCUGACGGCUGUCACUGUGAAGGAUACGAGUUCGACGCAGUCGCCGCCGCCGCCGCCGCGGCCUCCAGACAUCCGUCGAGACGCGCCGUCGCCACCGCCGCGCCGCGCCGCCACGGCCGACUCCCACUCGACCGCUUCGACCGGCUCCAUUGCCCGCCGGGCCGUCCGUCGCCUGUGCACCCGCAGGUCCCGUCUCCACAGACAGGAGACUUCGCGCCAAUCUUCAGCUGUAUUACUUGGGCUGAUUUUCCAGUCAGCAACAGAGUUAAGGCGCAGUUCCCGAGCCCAUCUGUGCCGAGUGGCCGGCCCGCCUGCCGGCCGCGGUCGUGCUCCGGGUUUCACAUCCCGGAGGCGCGCGGCGGCCGUGAGGCGUGGUGA